AUUUUUCUGAGAUCUGAACGAGUGCAAAAAGUUGUUCAGGCUGGCGGUUUUUCUCAAUAUGACUUUAGAGAGGUUUUCCGUUGCAAUACAGAGAAAAGGAUUCGGAGUUUGCCGGAGCUGGAUGGUGUAUCGAAAGAAACACUACUUAAUAACUGGUUAGCCAAAUUUGACACGAUUAUACGCGGAGACGAAGAUGCUGUUCAAUCGAGGCAAGCGAGAGGUCGUUUACGUGGAGUGAAUCAGUCGAAUGCGGAUUUAACGCUUCUCAAAGAUCAGCUGUACGACAUUUUCCAGCAGGUUUUAUCGGUGAAGAAGUUUGAACACCAAAUAAUAUUCAAUGCGCUGCAAGUAAAUUUUUUAUUUCCCAGUUUCUCUCGCGUUGAAAAAGAUGACUUAACAUGCAACAUCCAGCAAGUGGCAUAG